GGCCUGUUUUGUGGACUGAUAUGUUCCUUGGUAUUUCUCCUUAAUGGGACAGAAGUUUGGUGUAAAGAAGAAGGUAUCAACAAGAUAAAGUAUCUCAACAAGUACAAACUGACUGAGAUGUUUCUUCAGGUUAGACCAAAAAAUAUCCAACCCCUUCUUGAAGCCACUACAAAGGUUGCCAAAGAAUAUAUCACUAAGAUUCUUGGUACAGAUAAAGAUGAGCACGUAGUUGAAAAGUUAAUUACAAAUACGAAUAGAAUUGGCAAACGUCUGAGCCCGUUUUGGGAACAAUUGGAAGAAUGGAAAACAUUGAGAAUUCAGCUUUCGGAUGCUAUCGACAAUUUUAUACAAACUGUGUUUGAAGACGCAGGUGAAACAUUCGAUUCUAUCUUUUGGCUUAUUGAUUUUCACAAACAUUUGUUUUUGAAAGAAAGAGAGGGGGUUACUUACAUAAAUGAUGAUUUGCUAAAGAGUCUUAAAAUUACAAAAGACUAUAGAAAACGUUUCAACAAACUGUUCAAAAUCACUCCAGAUUUAAAACAAAUGAAAGAGGCUGAAAUACUUAAACAAAAUUUUAGCCAAUUCUAUAAGGUGACCAAAAAGCUUCAGAAAUUGACAAACUGGAUCGUCAAGGUCAUCCUACAGUUGAUGAUCCCUGAUGGAACAGAGAACAUGGGGUUUAACAAUUGCAAUGCAGAGUCUAAAGGGGUUAAUCUUAUAAGGACAGAUGACGGUGCGAGUUUCUUAGCAGUGUGUGAUGCGGAAUGGCUUGUUGUGGCUCAAAGGUUUGAUGGAAGUGUAAACUUCACGAGGUAUUAUGAAGAUUACAGUAUUGGCUUUGGUGAUCCCCUUUCAGAGUACUUUAUUGGACUUGAUAAUUUUGUCUCUGCGGCCUCACAAGAUAUAUAUACGUUGCGUUUUGAGUUGACAACAUGGGAAAAUGAAACCAGAACGGCCGAUUAUAUGACUUUUGAUGCCACACCUUUAGAUUAUGCCGAUGUAGGUUAUACACCACCCUGGUAUAGGUUAAGAGUAAGGAAUUUCCAAGGCACAGCUGGGGAUUCCCUGUACUAUGUCAAAUAUAAUGAUAGCGGCUUUAUCCCAUUUACAGCUACCGGAAAAUGUUUUAAGGAGGAGAUAGGAUGGUGGUGGGGUUAUUGUGGUAAAGCUAACCUAUUUGGACGAUAUAACCACGGACCUGAAUGUAAUAAAGCAAUGGACUGUAUGAGUUGGCAAGCAUGGCCAGACCAACUUCUAAAUGAAAAGGAUAAUAAGUUUUAUUCAUUUAAAGCUAUGCGAAUAAUGAUACGUCCACUGCCCAUUGAAGCCCCUCCAAAAUGUAUAAAAGGGGUUGCUAAUGAAUUUAACGCUGCUCAAAGAAGUGAUAGCGAUAACAAGCUUCUUGCAAAAUGUGAAGGACAGUGGUUGGUUGUUGCUCACAGGUUUGACGGAAGCAUUGAUUUCAAUCGCACAUGGAAUGAAUAUAAAGCCGGAUUUGGUAACAUCUCUGGAGAGUUCUUCAUAGGUCUUGAAACUCUGUUUAAGUUAACAUUUAGAAAUACAUUCAUGGUCCGCUUCGAAAUGAUAGAUAACAGUGGUAUAAUGACUUAUUUUGAGAUUGAUAGCUUCGCUAUUUUAGACGAAAACAAUCAUUUUGGGUUUUGGUAUUCUUUUUAUGAGUCAACCAGGGGAAAUGGAAGCGACCUUAAAAUACCUUCUGGAAAAUUCUCAACUUGGGAUAGUGAUAAUGAUGGCAAUCCUGAUAUAUCAUGUGUACAGCAAACAGGUGUACCCUUUUGGCAUUCUGUGGUAUACAGAGACAAGCAAUAUCAGUGUAAAACACCAUGGCCAUCAUAUAUCUUUGGACAAUUCAAAUUCAAGGAUAUGAAAAUGAUGAUAAAACAUGUUGAAACGCGGUGUGGUGAACGAAAAAGUGGCAUCAAUGACAUACAUCCCUUGGGUGGAUCGUCAUUCAAAGCAAAGUGUGAGGAAGACUGGCUUAUGGUUGCUCACAGAUUUGAUGGGAGUGUUGAUUUUUAUCGUACUUGGGCUGAAUAUAAAACUGGUUUCGGUGAUCCAUCGGGAGAGUACUUUAUUGGCCUUAAUAACCUGUUAUCUUUGUUUACUGCAGAUAGAAAUUAUGUGCUAAGAUUGGAAUUCACAACAUGGGAUGGGCGAACUGAGACUGCAGAAUACUACGUAUUUCGACUCGGCUGGGCAAGUGAAACUGCCAUUCGACUUGAGGAUUUUCGAGGUUCUGGAAAAGAUGUUAUGUCAACUUCCCAUUAUUACCAUUAUACUUAUGAUACCAUUGAUGACUACCCGUUUUCCACUUGGGAUCACGGGGAUGAUCCUUUGACAAACUGUUCUGCAUUACGCAGAGGUGCCUGGUGGUGGUACAGACCAGCAGGAAGUUCUGAAUACUAUUAUGAAAGAGGUGUGGAUUACAAGGACCAAGAUGGCUGUGGAUUUACCAACCCAUUUGGACGAUAUAUGAAUGAAUCAAAAUGUGACAUAGAGUAUGGAUGCAUGAGCUGGUUGGGUUGGCCUGGGGAGCUUUUCAGUGAAGCUGAGCGGAAAGCAAACAAGGAUCUUCACAAUGGCUGGUAUUCAUUCAAAGAGAUGAAAUUCCUGAUACGUCUAAGAGAACCAAAUUGGUUAAGGCAUUGGGCCGGCGUAUUAAUGACAAGGCCUUGGGCCAUACAACAAUUUGGCUAAAGGGCCUUAAAUUUUAAGGCUUUUUGGCAUUUUGGUCACCAAUUUUGCUAGAGACUAUUUUAAGGUUAUUUAGCAUUUUGGCUAAAGGGUCUUAUAUUUCAAGGUUCUUUAGUAUUUGUGGUGAUGAGAAUGCUAAAGAGUCAUAAAAUUUAAGGUACUUAAGCAAAAUUAGUUACAAAAAUGCUAAUACAAAAAUACAAUGUGGGGAAGGAAUGAUUGAUAUUUGAAAAAUAACAUGUGACUAUUGAUGACUGCAUCAAAAUUCGGAACAUACGGACCAACCUUAAAUAAAUUCAUGAUUUUUCAAACAAAAAACUUCAAAAAACACUUUUGAAAUAAAAAAAAGGUUUUACGUACCACAUUCUGAUAACAUUUGGCUGGGCAUAAGCCGAAGUGACCCAAACUUUGAAUGGAGCCGUUAACAUCUCCAACAUAUCAGAAUCUUUCAGGAGAUAUUGUAGAUCAUAGGGAAUAGAUCGGUAUGUUAAUAGUAUAUGUUACUUGCAAAUUUGUCAACCCCUAUAGAUCUAAUUCUGCCCGGCUAUAGUUAAAGUUGUCCAAAACUAGGCAACAUUGGUGACAUGUUGCGCCCCCCCCCCCCUGGCAAGAAAUUAUUUCAAAAUCAUGCAGUUUUUCACCAUUCUGAGCACUUUUCGCAUGAUUUUUUGGCAUUGUAUAAAAACUCCUACCUCAUACCCACCUACCCACGUACGUUGGACAUGAUA